AUCCGACUCCGACUAAAAGAUCAUUUGGCAGCGUUUUGUGAUUCCCUUCAUUCUAACUGAAGGUCAAACAGACUCUGGUCACAGCGACACGCCGACCGGCUAACUUAUGUUUGCUCUGCAGCGACCACAGGAAAAGACAAAUACGAGUAACUGGUUUUUAUGUCACUGACACAAAAAGUUUAGAGGAUCAGAACGAGGGAGAGAGGAGGAAGAAAGGUCUUGAAUGGAAAGAGAUCAUGGUGAGACGGAACCGGGGUCCGUCCACUCGCUCCAUCUAUCUGGGUCUGGCAUGUCUGUCCCUCGCUCUACAUCUCCUCCUGGCAGUCUUCUGCCUCUCAGUCCUCCAGACCACCUGUGUCCUUCCCACCUCCUCCUCUUCCUCCAUUCCAAGAACAGAUAGUCGUCACAAUGAGUCCGUCUCCCACACCGCCUCUUCAUCUACUGCCUCUUCUUCUGAUAAGCUGCCAGAGAGAACCCAGAAUAAAGAGCAUCGCCGUCUGACUGCCAACACGUUACAUCACGAAGCUGACGACACGCUCAGAGAGGUCACUGAGAAGGCGAAGGAACCGACUGGAGCUGCAAAAACAAUUCAGAAAGUCAAGGGUGAGUCUAAGCUGGAGGCGUUGUUCGAGCAUCCGCUGUACAACCUGCCGGGCCCAGAGCUGCAGCCGGAUGAUUGGCUGCUGAGGCUGAAGAAUGAUGAAGAUAUAAAGGAUGCAGAGAGUGAGGAAGAGGAGGGUGAAGACACCAUCAUCAUUGAUAGUCAGUGGCAGAGCGCCAGCAAAGAGGAAGGCUACGAUGACAUGGACUGGACCAGCGACGUGGAGACAUACCCUCCCUGGCUGCGCUUCCACCUGGGCAUCUCUCGCUGGGAACUGUACAACAGGAAAGACCCCAACCUGGCUCAGCUGACCCACUACCUGGCAACGCAGCGAAUCCUGGGGGCUGUCCAGAAGACGGGAGGAACCCAGCUGAAGCUCCUCAUAUCGUUCCCAAACCAUGGACAGGCUCUGCUCAAACCCAUGAAGCAAUCCAGAGACACAGAGACGGACGUGAACCUCUUCUACUUCUCAGACUUUGAGAGACACAAUGCAGAGAUUUCUGCCUUUCACCUUGACAGGUUGCUGGGGUUUAACCGGAUCCCUCCGGUGGUCGGUCGACUCAUGAACGUCACUGCAGACAUCAGGGAGAAAACCACCGACCACAAGGUGUCGAGGACCUUCUUCACGUCUCCUGCUGGGAAUGUGUGUUUCUACGGCCAGUGUGAAUACUACUGCUCCACUGAGCAUCCAGUCUGCGGUCGGCCUCACCUGCUGGAGGUCUCUCUGGCUGCGAUACUCCCUGACCUCAGCCUGGCUCCUCGCAGGUCCUGGAGGUCUCCAUGGAGGAGGUCCUACAGCCGCACCAAGCUGGCUCAGUGGGAAAAGAACCCGAACUACUGCGACUCCGUGAAGCAGACGCCUCCUUACAGCCAAGGAACCCGACUGGUGGACCUCAUAGACAUGGCUGUCCUGGACUUCCUCAUGAGCAACAUGGACAGACAUCACUAUGAGACAUUUGAGAAAUUUGGUAAUGAGACAUUUCUGCUGCACCUGGAUAACGGGCGGGCGUUUGGGCGUCACUCUCAGGAUGAGCCGUCUAUUCUUGCUCCUUUGCAGCAGUGUUGCAGGAUCCGGCGCUCCACCCUCCUCCGGCUGCGUCUCCUGGCCCUCCCUGACUUCCGUCUGAGCGACGUCAUGCGGGAAUCGUUGGCUCAGGAUCCUCUGGCAGACGCAGCUCCUCUCCUGUCAGAAGCUCACCUGUCUGCUCUGGACCGCCGCCUGGCAGCCGUCCUGCAGGUGGUGCACACCUGCCAGGAAAAACACACAGAUGUCAUUCAUGAUGACUUGGACAGAUAUGAUCAGGACAGUCUGACUGACAGAAACACAAAACAAUAAAUUAUAUAGUGUAUAGACAUAAA